AUGGCCGAGAGCGAGAGAGGGAAGAAGAGCAGCCGGACGGAGCAGCCUGGAGCCUCUCUCUCUGCAGCCGGCAGCAAGGGUGAGGGCGAAGGGCGAGCAGGCGGGAGAGAGGGCGAGAACCAGGACGGAGAUGCGGUUUUGUCAACGAAGCAACCAGCAGCAGCAGCAGCGAGCUUCCGCUCAACCAGCCAACCAGCCAGUCAACUUCGCCCAACCUAG